AUGUCAAUACAAUCGGGUCUCCUUCGCCUGCCGGCCGAGCUCCGGCUGAAGAUCUACGAGUACGCCCUCGACGUACCCAACGAGUACCUGGACAAGCCUCUGAUCGUGGUGACGGAUCGAGGCCGGGACUCGUUCACGGCGCGCGGCCGGUACCGCGCCCUGGCGAUGUGUCCGAGCUGGGUGGGCGAGGAUGGCACGGCACGGCGCCUGCUCGCCGUCAACCGGCAGAUCCACGACGAGGCCGAGGCGCAGCUGUACGCGCGCAACACACUCUUCUUCCUCAACGCCUUCGAUCUCGACCGGCUCGGGGCCUUCCUCGACACGAUGAGUGCCACGGCCCGCACCCAGGUCCGCAGCGUGGGCUUCGAGGUCCGCUUCUUCGUCCACUCGCAGAUGGGCGUCCCCAAGCGCUCGCUCGCCCAGUAUGAUCGCGCUGCCCGUCUGCUGCGCGACCGGCUCCCCCGCUGGGAACGGGUCAUCGUCUACCUCGACCCACGCUUCUAUUUCCCCACGGCCAUCGUCGGCGGCCGCGAGCUCGCCGCCAGGGGUGUCUGUCGCCUCGCUGCUCUCUUCGCCACCCUGCGCAAGGACGUCCACUUCUACCCUGGGCCGUCUACCGACCGAGCCUCAUCGCAGUGGGGUCGUUAUGACUAA